CUGACGAGUACUUUGCUCAGAUACCUGCUCCGCUGCACUCGCUCACGCUAGAUCUCAGAACGUACCUUCGAAAGGCACCUUGGUUUCGCGAUUGGGUCAAAUUUGACGCAUCUAUCACAGCAUCGACCUCCCACUCCUGCGAAGAUGAAGAAGCGAAGAUCGAUACUAAUGAAGCAGGAGCCAAGGAGAGGAUAAUACACCACAACAACGAAGUACUAGAGAAAACUUCGCAUCGUGACCGCGCUCAGGCCCUCGUCGCAUUGCAGACCUUUUCGUCUAAAGAAGCAGCUUUUACGACAGACGAUGCCGUCAAUAUUCGCCAUGCCUCAUCUGCUCGAGCAUCAUUGGGAAGUAGUUCUGAGUUAUCCACGGUAUCCAUAGUAGGGGAAGCAGAUUUUCCCACACCUACUGGUCUAUCGGACGUCCUGGAAGUAGAGCUGAGCAUCGUACAACUCGAGGAGGG